AUGCAGUACUAUUUUCCAAAUUACCCUGAUAUAUCGUUAGAUAGAACUAUAGCUGUUGAUUUUGGAACGACAAAUACGACCGUUUUUGUAGUGCAUAACAAUAAGGCCGAGGCUAUACAAAUUGAUGGCCAGCUAUCGAUGCUACGGUCUGUCGUUUCAUAUGGGAACAAUAAUGUGCUAGUUGGUAAUGCAGCUGACAAAACCAGAAAUUUCACUUUAAAGGUUUAUAAUAUCAAGAGAAUCGCAGGCUUGAAUUAUGAUGAAAUCAACUUCGAUGGAGUAACUUUUGGGUGUGAAGUGAUAGAACUGUUCGGUCAGUUGGCAGUAAAAGGAACAAGCCGUGCUAGCGAUAUCACCAAGACUGUCGAAGAAGUGAUUACGGACAUCUUCAUGUACAUUAAACACACAGUUGAGAACAAGUUUGGGACCGAGUUCAACUAUCUGGUGCUGACUGUUCCCUCUACCUACCGAAGUACGCAGAAGAAGGUCAUUCGUUCUGCCGCGAUAAAGGCAGGUUUUGAAGUUGCAAGCAUGCUCUCCGAGCCCACCGCUGCCGGUAUUCACUAUAGAUACAUAAAUUUUGUCAGCAACUCCUCGGUCUUUUUGGUAUUCGAUUUUGGCGGAGGAACUCUCGACCUUUCUUUGGUUUCAUGCACUGGGAAUAAGUUUGAAGUGCUUGCAAACGGGGGGAGCUCCCAUCUUGGAGGUGCAGAUGUGGACAAUGCGAUCCUUCGAUGGAUCGAAGACUGCUACACGCAGGAUGGGCACGAUCGUCUGCAUCUGAACAGUCGCGAAAUGCGAGCGCUGAAGCAGACAAUCGAGCAGAAGAAGCAGGAGCUGAGCGACAAAGAAAUGGUGGAAAUCGAGGUGACCGAAGAUUGUGGUAAGCGAGGAUGA